CGCCUUCACAGACAGAGAAGGGACCAUCACUGUUGUGUUCUCCAACGCCCCGACAAACCAUCUCUGACGGCCCCGCACCCGGCCCCGCCUCGCCAUGUCUGACCAUCCCAGCGCCGGCCAAGACGAAGGCGGCAUCCCACCCCGUAGGUCUUGGAUGCCUGUCGAAAGAUGAAGAUCCGAUGCGAAGGCAAGGAAGAUCCUCCAUGCCGGAGAUGUCGGAAUUUUCGCCUGGAGUGCACAUUCACCCAGAGCAAGGGUCGGGGGGACGACGACGAGGGCGAGCAAGCUCGGAGACGUAUUGCGUCACUCGAAGGAGAAGUAACCGGUAUCAGUCAUACGGUCACCGGUAUCAACCAGAAGCUCGAAGACCUAGGCGUGUUACUGCAGCGGUUGGCCGGCGGGGCAGUCGGUGGCGGACUGCCCCGGAUGCAUCAGCACAGCAGCCCAGCAAUGCCACACCACGGAGGGCACCUCGGGUAUGGUGGCCCGAUGGACGAAGUGUCCCCCGCACACACGCAUUCGACAACCCACCCCACGCCACCGACGGCUCGGGAUCUGGCAAUUGAUGCCAUUACGGGUCCUAUGUCCAAUUCGCCGUCUCACCACCCCUCGUCGUCCGCCUCACAUCACUACACGCUCGUUGGUCGCUCACCUGCAGCCAUGAAUCCACCAUGGACCGGGAGCGUGCCUCCAGAGGCUGUAUCGCGAGCCAUACCCGGACGCACACACGGGGGAGAGUGGGCCAAUGGGCACCCACCACCCUCCGUACCGGGAACGGACAGCCUGCCAUCGCUGGUCCGCGAGGGAACGAUAUCGGAUGAAGACGACCAUGACCCACUUGAGAGCUCCAUGCAGGAGCCGUUCCGCGAACUGACACGCAAGGAGGAGGAGGCGAGGCUACGCGCCGAAGGCCAUGACCCCGCUGUCAGGCGCAUGAGUCACUCGCGCAACGCCGAGGGAGGUGCGGUGAGGAGCUCGAAGCGCAAACGUCUCAACGAUGAGGACGAUCCCGACUGGGGAACGUCGCCGAUUGUAGAGAAGGGCGACCCGAGAGCCAAUGCCCAGGACCCAGUCACUGCCGGGUUCUGUACCGAGGAGGAGGGCAAGGAGCUAUUCCAAGCAUUCUUCAAGCACGCACACCCGUUCAUCCCAGUGCUCAACCCGCGAGAGGAUACGUGGGAGAACCUGCGCCAACGGUCUCCGUUCAUCGUCACCGUUAUCUUGUCGAUCGCCUUGCGUGCUCGGGACGGGUGCGGACCUCCCUCGGACCUUACCAAGAAGUGUCGCGAUUCAGCAGAGGAUAUGGCUAAGCAGACCCUCUUCUCCCCUAUCGCGACACUCGAGACAGUCCAGGCUUUGACCUUGAUUACGUCCUGGGGUGAGCAUGCUUGGAGGACAUGCUGUCACGCCAUGGCGCUGGCCGUCGAUAUGCGGCUAUACCGCUGUCUGCCAUACCUAUACAAGAUCCGCACGCAGUCUCGUAAGCCGGACGCAAAUCUCGAGAGACAGAUGCCUCUCGUGGCCGGUGCGAGGGUCUGGCUGGCGCUCGUCAAGCAGUCGUACGAAAUGUCGUUCAACCACGCGCAGCCCAUCCAGUUUUCCGGGUCACUGCAAGAGCGUAUCCCAUACGCACGUGAACUUCUCCAGCACCCCUUGUCGACCGUGUACGACAGUCGGUUCCUUGUAUCGAUCGAGCUCUGCGCUGCACGUGAAGAGGCUUUCCGCCCAUGGACUGCAUCUAGCUGUCAAGAUCUGUCCAGUGUAGAUGACGUCCUCCGCAAGGUCAACAAGGGCAUCGACACGUGCUAUGAGUACUGGCUCAACUACUACCACCGUGUGGGUGUGCCGUCCGACCACUUCCUCGUCAAGGAGCUCGGCAGCCAGAAGGCCUAUGGUAUCAUGUUCGCCAACGCCGCAGCAUGGUAUGGCGUGCACUCGAAGAAUGACGCUGUAUUGUUGUCCGCAGAGCGCCGGCAGUGGGUCCAGUCGGCUUUACGUGCGGCGGCCUUCCUCACAUCGUCGAUUGGCAGUGGCAGGCAAGAGAAGGACUCAGAGUUUGGUAACCACAACUUCCAUGUCGCCAUUGUUGCCACUGCACGGUACCUUAUUCGCAUGUGCGAGCUCAUCCCGGACGCGGCGGACCUCAAUCAGGUCAGCUUGGACAUUGACCGACUGUUGUUGAAGCUGCCGUUCUAUCCUGUGGUACCAUUCGCAGAGAGCCUGCGGCGCACGCUCGCCAAGGCUCGUGACCAAGGCGUGCUGCCGUACACGUCGAUAUCAGAGCAGGCCGACGCAGCGGUACGCGGUCUCAGCCCACGCGAUCCCGAGCAACCAUCACCAGCAUCGGUAGGGAGCCUCGACAUCUCGUCACUCCUUCCACCCGGAUUCAACGCCUUCCCAUGGAACGACCCAGCCGUGGCCGGACGGACGCCUGCAAGUGUGCUACCAUCACAGUCGCCCGCCAACCAAUACGGCGCUGAGUUACUGUCUGCCGGGGUCACCUGGCCUGAUGACAUCUCAUUGUCAAACUGGCUGUUACCAGACGAUGUGAACGGCGCUUCGGGGCUGACAGCCAACGAGCAUGACCCAGAAGUUGUUGAGUGGCUGUCGGCGGUGGCGGGGCCGACUGGUUGAUGAUGAGCGCCUCGACGGCUGAUAUUGUAUUCACGGUGUUGUAAAGGCAUGAAAUUCCCCCCAGGAG